UUAAUUGUAAAUUUAUUUAUUAUAAUCACAUAAUUUUCAUAGUUUGAUUUUUCGAUAGUAUUUACUAUUAAAAACAUUGUUUGACUCUUUCAAUUUAACAUAGCUUCACUAUUUCCGCCAAACGUAACGUCUUAUUUUGUUUCCCGUAAAAAGACGUCAUUAAAUUGUUUUACGGUGACGUCAUUAACCGUUACUUUGAUAUGUUGUUUUGCCUUGGGCGGAAGUGCUUAAAUUGUUGAUGUGUUUUGUUUAUUGAUGUUUUCCAAUGGAAAGUAGAUCAUAAUCGAGAAUCGCAUUGUUGUAUCACAUUGAUAUAUUAUUCCAUGAAUGAGAAUAAAGAAAAGUGUUGAAAUCUGCGCAUUCUUGACUAUUUUUAACGGAAAACAUCUACAAUUCUCGAUUUUACAAUUCUCGAUUUUACAAUUCUCGAUUCUGCUGUGACGAAAAUGCCGUCAACAAAUAGUGCGGAAACUUUGAAUCAGGAGUUUGUCAGUGUGAAGAGAUCAAGAAGUGCAAAUGGCGCUCAACUGACGAAACUAUAUAAUGAACUUGAAAAGAGCAUGAUGUCCUACAAUAAUAUUGAAGAGGUUAAACUACUGAAGAAUAAAUUAUGUGAACGCUUUGAACAUUUCAAAUCAGUGCAUUUACAAUGUUUAGAUUUGUGCGCGCAACCGGAAGUUGUUGCAGACUUGGAAGCGAACUUUGAGAGCUGUUUAAAGAACUUUGAAGAAUUCAGGGAAAGAUUUUCUCAGUGGAUCGCGGGAGCUAUUGGACCGCAAGAUGGAGAAAAUAUUCCUAUAGAAAAUGACGCAGAGUCAAAUGUCAGCCAUGGAAGUUCACGUACUUCAGUCUCGUCGCGCCGGAAAUUACAAAGUGCUAAAGCAAAGCGUUUAAUAGCAGAACACAAAUUAAAACAACUUAAAAAGAAACAAGAACUUGAACGAGCUCGCCGGGAUCUUGAAAUGAAACAACAGUUGUUAGAUCAGCAGUCGGAAUUAGAAGAAGCAGAGAUAGAAGAAAUGGUGUGGUUAGAAACAACACAGGAAGAAACCGGGGUCAUAUCUAACAAUCAAAAUGCUCAGCCUGACGUACAAAAUAAUAUGACUAAUCAUAUUCAGGUGAACAACCGUACAGAUUCUGUGAGAAAUAUAACUUUGACACAGCCCAGACCGGAAAUAAACAGAUCGUGUAUACCGGAAGUUGACAGUGAGACAUCAAACAUUGACAGAUCAUUUCAAAGAUUGGCGUCAGCACUUCAUGAAGGAUUCAACUUACCGAAGCCAGAACUAUUGACAUUUGAUGGGAAGCCUGAAGGAUACUGCAAAUUUAUCAAAAACUUUGAAACAAACAUUGAAAGCAGAAUAAGUGACAAUAAUUUAAAGCUAAGUUAUCUCAUUCAGUAUUGUACAGGUAAGGCAAAAUCUAGUAUAGAAGAUUGUGUUUUGUUAGAACCGGAAGAAGGUUAUAAACGUGCUAGGUCAAUAUUAUUGUCUAGAUUUGGCAGACCACAUUUAAUUGCAAGGUCUUACAUUGAUAACUUGGUAAAUGGUGCUCAGAUUAAAGCGUCCGAUGUUGAAGGGCUAUCUAAAUUAUCUUUAGAGAUGCAGAAAUGUGAAAUUACACUUUCUCAGUUAGGAUUUUCCUCUGAUAUUGAUAAUACAGAAAAUUUAAGAUGCAUUGUUAGGCGGCUCCCAACACAUAUAAGGGUAAAAUGGGUAGAAGUAGCACAUAAUAUAAAUGAGUCAGGUAGAGUGCCGCGCUUUUCAGAUUUGUCUAAAUUUGUAGACGAAAAAUCACGUAUCGCUAACUCCAUGUAUAGCUAUGAUCUUUGUAAAAACAAUGAUUUUAUCAAGAAAGAAACCAGAAACAGUUCUGGCAAAUAUUACAGUAAUGAUAGACCAAAGGUUACUACUCUAAAUACACAUACUGAAGAAAACGGUCAUGAAAGUAGUAAAUGCAUUUGUUGUUCAGGUAAUUGUGCAGAGUUAUCACUGUGUAACAAGUUCAAGUCAAUGAGUCUCAAUGAUCGUUAUAAACUGGUAAGAUCACUUAAAUUGUGUUACAAUUGUUUAAAAGGUAAACAUUUUACAAACAAGUGUAGAAAACCAAAAAUAUGUAAUGUUACUAAUUGUAAUGUCAAACACCACAUUUUAUUACAUAGUUGGGUAAAACCCGAUAAUGGCCACACAGCAGUGCAGUCGUCGUGUAACUGUGCAGCAACAGAAGGUUCUACUGUAAAAAAUUGUCUGGGUAUUAUUCCUGUAAUAGUUAGGGGUGGGGACGGUAGUUCUUGUCAGACAUAUGCCCUGCUAGAUGAUGGGGCCGAUAAAACUUUAUGUGAUGAAAGAUUGUUACGGAGCCUGAAUAUAACCGGUAAGCCCGUCACAUUCCGGAUGUCUACGGCAAACUCGCGUGAAGGUAUUAUACAUGGUCAGGAGGCCGACUUAGAUAUUCAACCUAUCGAUGGAAAUGAAAGUAUUACCCUAAGAAAAGUCUGGUCAGUAAAGUCAUUACCGAUAUCAACUCGAUCUGCAGCUAAAUAUGCAGAUAUCCGAAACUUACCGUACUUAUCCGGUAUAAAUAUUCCAGAUAUAGACACUAAUGACGUUAUGAUGUUAAUAGGGACGGAUUCACCUAUUGCACAUAUACCGCUAGAAGUGAAAUUCGGAAAUAGCGAUGAACCGUACGCGAUACGCACUCGUCUUGGAUGGGCUAUACGCGGUCCAGUCCCAACUACGCAAGAAUCCAACGAUAUUAAUAUAAAUUUCUUUGAGUCACGUGACAUGUUGUUACAGCAACAAAUUGAGCGUUUGUGGACAACAGACUUUAAUGAUAAAUCACAAGUGAAGAGUUGCAUGUCUGUAGAAGAUAAAAAUGCUAUGAAAUCCAUGGAGUCAACUUUAACUCGCGAGGAUGGUCAUUACAAGCUUGGUCUUCCUUGGCGUGAUAGAAAUUCAUCAUUCGUAAAUAAUAUACCGCUUGCCCAAGCCAGAUUACAGCAGUUGAAGCGCAAGUUGUCAAGUGACAAUAAUUUGCAUGAUAUGUACAGAACUACUGUAAAUGGUUACAUUGCAAAUGGCUAUUCAUCGGAUGUAGAUUACAUGGUACCAGAGAAAACGCGUGUUUGGUAUACGCCGCAUCAUCCAGUAACAAAUGUGUAUAACGCUUCUGAAACAGACAAAUUAGAUGUUUGGCUGCAUGGACCAACAUUUCUUAGUAAAGGUAGGGAACACUGGCCUAAGUAUUCAGGUAAUAUUAUUCCGGAAGUGAGUGAAGAUGAUGUUGAGGUAAAGAGAGAAAUUGCUAUUAACGUUACCACCUGUGACACUAUUGGGAAGAUAAUUGAAUACUACUCUGAUUGGUUCAAACUUAGACGUGCAGUGGCAUGGUUUUUGAGAUACAAGGAUUAUUGCAAAAAGCGAUAUCUGCAUCAUGAUGUAGUGGUUGAAAAAGGUAAUCUCACCUUGUCUGAACUUAAGACAUCUUCUCACGCAGUUGUGAAAUACGUUCAGACGGAAUGCUUUGCCGAUGAGUUAAUAAACUUGCAAAAAGGAACUAAUGUUAAAGGUGAAAGUCCGAUAGCUUCAUUAAAUCCAAUACUUAAAGAUGGUUUAAUACGUACAAAAGGACGCAUUAUUUACCAUGAUGAAACGAAAUGUCCAAUCAUUCUACCGAAACGGCAUCAUUUAACUACUUUAAUGAUACGUUUUUACCACGAAAGUCAAGGUCACGUCGGAGUACAACAAGUUUUAGCAGCUACACGAACAAGAUACUGGAUAAUAAAUGGACAUAGCGCUGUCAAACAGGUAGUAAGGAAUUGUGUACCAUGUAAACGCAAGAACAAUCCGCUUUGUAAGCAACAAAUGGGACCGUUACUUGAUGAGCAAAUCACACCAGAUAAACCACCGUUUUCAUUUAUCGGCAUAGACUUUUUUGGUCCUUUGAUGGUAAAAUCAGGAAAGUCACAAGUAAAGAGAUAUGGGUGUAUUUUUUCUUGUUUAACAUCAAGGGCCGUCCAUUUAGAAGUUACUCAUAGUUUGAGUACAGAUUCGUUUAUCGCCGCAUUGCAACGAUUUAUUAGCCGGAGAGGUCUACCGGAAAAGGUAUAUAGUGACAACGGAACCAAUCUAGUAAGUGGAGAUUGUGAAUUACGCAAGUCCUUACGAGAGUGGAAUCAAUCUAAAAUUGGACAAUACAUGUUGCAGCGGGAAAUCGAAUGGAACUUUAACCCUCCGUCAGCUAGUCACAUGGGCGGUAUAUGGGAACGGAUGAUACGAUCGACACGUGCAAUUUUGAGAUCGUUAGUCAAAGAGCAGCUUCUGACAGAUGAACAACUUCUUACUGUUGUAACAGAGGUUGAAAAAAUACUUAAUGAUAGACCCAUUACCCGAGUAAGCGAUGACCCAAAAGACCCCCCAGUUUUAACUCCAAGCAUGAUUUUAUUACUAAAGUCCAAUACAUGUAUUCCACGUGGCAUUUUUAGAAAAGAAGAUACAUAUGCAAAGAGAAGGUGGAGACAGGCUCAGUAUCUUGCUGAUAUAUUCUGGAAACGUUGGAUUCGGGAAUAUAUACCUACCCUACAAUCUCGACAAAAAUGGCUGAGACCACAAAGAGAUAUCCGUGAGGGCGAUAUUGUACUCGUGGCUCAGGAAAACAUACCAAGGGGGCAGUGGCCGUUGGGCAGGGUUGUAACUAUAAAUGUGGGUCGGGACGGGCAUACACGAAGCUGUGUGGUCAAAACUAGUAUGUCACAAUUCUUAAGACCAAUAACUAAACUUUGCCUACUAGAAUGUUCUAUUUAAGUAAAGGUAUACAUUACAAUAAGCUAUUGUUUGUAUAAGAUGAAAUCGUAACGUUUCAUGGUGGGGAGUGUAAGAAUUAUAGUUCUUAAUUGUAAAUUUAUUUAUUAUAAUCACAUAAUUUUCAUAGUUUGAUUUUUCGAUAGUAUUUACUAUUAAAAACAUUGUUUGACUCUUUCAAUUUAACAUAGCUUCACUAUUUCCGCCAAACGUAACGUCUUAUUUUGUUUCCCGUAAAAAGACGUCAUUAAAUUGUUUUACGGUGACGUCAUUAACCGUUACUUUGAUAUGUUGUUUUGCCUUGGGCGGAAGUGCUUAAAAUUGUUGCUGUAAUUUGUUUAUUGAUGUUUUCCAAUGGAAAGUAGAUCAUAAUCGGUAAGCAAGUUAUUAAUUAUGUAUGAAUUUUAAUAGUAAAUUCAAUAUUGUUUAAAUGAUGAUGAACUUUACAAUAUUUGCCGUGAAUUAAAUUAUAAACGGAAUUAUUCGCGGAAAUAUAAAAUAACAAUAUUAUUUUAAUAGAUUUAAGUCUAUAAUUGUAAAGGUGAUAUCGUAUAUUUAUGAUUUGUAUUAGCAUUAUUAUUUUAGACAAUUUAUUGUAUUUUAUUUAAAUGUGUUGUAAUCAGUAUUUAGUUUGUUUAUUUAUUAUUUUCAGAGAAUCGCAUUGUUGUAUCACAUUGAUAUAUUAUUCCAUGAAUGAGAAUAAAGAAAAGUGUUGAAAUCUGCGCAUUCUUGACUAUUUUUAACGGAAAACAUCUACAAUUCUC